GAUCACUCUCUCUGUCUGGUUGUGAAGCUGUUGGAGGUAUAGACUAUCAGCAUAUUUCUUAAGAAAACGAAGCAGCAUCAACAUUUAUGAAAUCACACGAUGUUACUCCAAGCCCUAUGAAAUGUCCUAAGGGUGAUUCGGAGUAUAAUAGUUGUGAAGAACAAGGUGUUUGGCGGUUGAGAAGAACUUUCCGGGUUGGACUCAAAGAGGCGGCGGUAUUGAUAUCAGAAGUUCAGAUGAAUGCUAUAGUAUCAAUAUGUCACUUCUGUGAAUUGCAUGGACCCAGUGUUGUCUUCUGCACUCAAGCCUUCAGAGACUUGCUAGGGUUCAAUGUAAUAGCUGACAUUGAAACUUCGCCAUUGGAAAAUACACAGAAUGUUGAAAAUGAGCACCAAACAAAGGAUGGGAAAUAUGACUUAUGGAAGUAUGGAAGAAUUCACCAAGAUGUUGUGGCACAGGCACGGAACGAGACCCCUAAUGAAACCUGUGUAGCUUGUCGCUCAUUUCCACACAGUAAGCCUGGAUACAUCAGUAAUGAUGACUCUGCUCGGGUCAGCUACAUCAGCUCGCAGUAUCCAUUACAAACUGAACUCUACAUCCUUGUGCGACAAGCAUGCAUAAGGUCCCUCAGCUGUGAGGUAUGUCCUGGAAAAGAGGGACCCAUAUAUUUUGGUGAUGAGGCAAGAGGCCAUGUACUGUCUUAUACUUUCUUCCUGAGAGAUGUCCAGGCCAGGGGUUUCCAGAGGUGGUACAGCAUUAUGGUGCUUAUGAAGGACAAAAUGCUCUUGUUAAACUCGUGGCCAUUUAUUGUAAAGCACCUCAAGCAGAUCAUCACCAAUCUUCAAGACAGUGCUUCCAAGAUUUAUGAAACUGAAGAGUCUAAAGUGAGCCACCGAGCUCUAAGGUCUGCAGCUGUCAUGAUGGACAAAUCUCGCAAACAGAGAGUGGCUGGUCAGCCUAGGUCCUUAUGUGAGAUGGUUGGAGAGGAGGGAGUGUGGCAACACCUUCACUCUUCUUUCACAUGGCUCCUGAAAGCAAGUGGACUGAGAUUACAGGAGAGACUGGUGGAAGGACCUCCUAUUAGUUCUUUCAUGGCAAAUUGUUCAGAUGAAUGUGGAGGACUGAAUAUUCAGCAGGCAUACAACAUCCUUGGAAGCACUAUCUUUCAUCACUUGGUGCAUCACCUGCUCAUUGGCAGACAAGUUAUCUUAAGGGGAAACUCUGAUGUCAUAAUAUCAGCCUUGAUCAAGAGUAUACAGCCUCUUCUACCCAAACACUGCUACAGAGCAAUCCACUUCUCACAACACUACGUGGAUUGUGCCUCCUGCAAUGUUCUGGGCCUUCAUUCCCUCGUCAGUAUUCCUCAAAAUGUCAUGGUUAUGAAGAAUCUCUUUGUUAUUGAUCUCAUUCCAAAAGGAGACACUGGUGAGGUCUUCAGCAAGACAACUCCAAGAACUUCCUCUAACUUACUCAGCACACAGGAGGUAAUCAAAGGAGAUUAUCAGAAUCCAAAAGGUGCACAAGCCCUAAAAGAAAUAAUCAAGAAUUACACAAUCAAGCUUAGUCAAGAAGGACCACUACCAGCCAGACCACCACAAAUUCUAAGUCGCAUAGAAUCAGCAGUCAGCAAUCCUACUCUUACUUACUCUACACUGUGUGUGUACUUAUCCACAAUAAUAUAUGAAUGGAUUAAUAAGGUGAAGGUAUGGAUUCAUGUUCAGAAUGCAAAGAAAAUGGUGCAUGGCUGGCCAGAGAGAGUUCCUUCUCCCAGCACCUUACAGGCCAGCAACAGGAGUUCAUCAAUACCAAUCAUACAAGGCUCAUCACACUCCCUGGCCCACUCACCAGUGAUAUCUACAUUUCGAAGCAUGUCCCCUGGAGGACUUGGUGAGAGACAACAGGAAGUAACACAUCAGGAUGAGAAACAUCAACUACUGGCUGCUAUUGGUUCAACUGAGUGGGAUGUUCCUCUGUUAGAGUUUUGGGCUAAGAAUUUCUAUCAAGAUACUUCUCAAGAGAUGAUCAUGCAGUAAUGACCCCCAAUGACAGGCAUCAAGGUUUGCACUCCUCGUGAAAUGGAUCUAGUGUCCGGAACUCCCUCCAAGUUGGAGGCAUGUGGUUGUGCAGAUGAUAGUUGCACUUCUUGCAAACAUCAUUAAAGAGUGAAACAAAGCUGUGGAGCCAUGU